UUUUCCAUAUUCCAUACAAACGACUUUAGGCAGUGAUCUGCAUAACAUUAGCCGCUAACUAUUAACGAUGGAAGUUUCAUUCAAGAGUAAAAGAACAAGGUGAGGAUUGGUGGCGGGAGCUUGGGCUUUUCUCAGCCUUCUCAGAAUGCAGUGUUGGACGAAGCACAGUCAACCCCCUGAUAAUUCCCGGUUCGGACUAACUAACGGAAAAACACAGUCUAAUGGUGGAUGGACGACGCUUCACCUGGCUAGCUACUUUGGCCAGAAAGAUAUUGUUGAGGAACUGUUAAAGAGCGGCGUGAAAGUGAAUGUUCAGAAUGAUGUCGGGGACACAGCUCUACACAUUGCAGCCCUGAGUGGAAGAAAGGAGGUUGUUCUGCUGCUGUUACGCUACGGUGCAUGUGCCACGCUACUCAACGGAUGCGCGCAGACCCCCAGGGACAUCACCGAUGAUGAUGAAGUCAUUACUAUGCUUGAAGCUGCAGAAAGGAGGGAGUGCAGGAAGGUGCAGGAGAGACUUUUGAAUGCAGCAAGAGAUGGAGAUUGUGGUGCUGUAGCCCAGUUGUUUAGCAAGAACAGACCUCCAGACGUCAACUGCAAGGACUCGAAUGGGGACACGGCAUUACACCUUGCAGCCUACAGGGGGCAUAAACAGUGUGUGGAUGUGCUGGUGAAGAAUGGAGCCAGCUACAGUGCAAUGAACAAAAAUGGCCAAUCUGUGCUGGAUGUUGCCAGUGACAAUGAAAUGAGACUCUUUUUGGAGAAAUGUCAAGAAAAUACAACAUGUAUCACAGCUAGAACGUUUGAAGGGCUUCUGUGGAAGAAGUCAGAUUUUCUGAGCUGGAACUCCCACUGGGUUGUUCUGGAGAACGGGACUGUGAGCUGGUACUGUAACCAGUCGGAUGCAGUGUGUGGAGAUCGUAGGCAGGGUUGUAAGCCUCUUAUGAAGGCUCAGUGUGUGGUAAAAGCCUGGGAUAAAUACUUUUUCAUGCUCAGGUGUUGUGACGGCAGUGCGCAUCACUUUAAAGUGUCCUCUACAUGCGCUGAACCGGAAAUCACCAGGAAAAAAUGGGUGGAUGCUAUCGAGGAGCAUGCCAUGUACAGCGCCCUCUGUGGGAGCUCAGAUAAGACACCUGUACAGGCAGGAGUAGAGGCAGUGGCUGAAGAACUGGACCUGGCACACUUUCUGUCACAGUCUCUUGAGGCAGCUGAAAGUUACCAGAAGAUGCUGGAAUCCCAGGUGGCCAUGUUCGUCUCUAUGCUCAAGAACGAGGAAAACAACAGCCCAGAGCUCCUCAAGGCCAGAGAGAUAUGUGAGCUGUGCAGUGAGACCAAUUCAGUGUUGAGGCACUGUGUGGAUCUCCUGUCCCAGCGUGAAGAGGUGUGGAGUGUGAAGUUAGAACAGGAAGUAGAAAAAAACAAGAUACUAUCCGAUGCUCUGCAGAAGUUGGCGACAGAGCAUGACCAACUAAAGCAAAAGCUUUCCAGCGGCAGAAAAUUGCCAACUCAGAGUGCACCUGCCGAGGAUGAAUUUUACGAUGCUCUCUCUGGUGGAGUUCCACAGGUGCGCCAGGAGAACAGAUGGAGGGAGGGAAUAAGGGAUCUCGGGAGUGAGCAAAGGAGGGACGUAAGGAAGGGAGGGUUCCGUGUGACCCGGUGUGCAUGUCCUCUGACUUCGGCUCAUCUUCUGUCUCAUCUCUACACAAAAACAGAAGCUCUCACUCCUGUCACCAUGUCUAGGGAGGAGCGCCAUGGAGACAAGACCCACCAUAACGGUGUGAAGAAAUACAGAACAUCUCUUCCGGCUCCAAUGUUCUCAAGAAAUGAUGUGAGCAUUUGGAGCAUCCUCAAGAAAUGCAUUGGGAUGGAACUGUCUAAAAUCGCAAUGCCAGUCAUCUUCAAUGAGCCUCUGAGUUUCCUGCAGCGCCUUACAGAAUACAUGGAGCACACAUAUCUCAUCCACCAAGCCAACGCCUCCACAGACUCCAUCCAUAGAAUGAAGUGUGUGGCUGCAUUUGCCGUUUCCGCUGUGGCAUCACAGUGGGAGAGGACUGGGAAGCCCUUUAACCCACUCCUGGGAGAAACAUAUGAGCUAAUCAGAGAUGAUCUGGGCUUUCGUUGGAUGUCAGAGCAGGUGAGCCACCACCCACCCGUUAGCGCAUUCCAUGCCGAAGGCCUAAAUGAUGACUUCGUGUUUCAUGGAUCCAUCUACCCCAAACUGAAGUUCUGGGGAAAAAGUGUGGAGGCUGAGCCACGUGGAAUCAUCACUCUGGAGCUCCCCAAACAAAAGGAAGCAUACACUUGGACCAAUCCUACAUGCUGUGUCCAUAACAUCAUAGUGGGUCAGCUGUGGAUCGAACAAUACGGCAAUGUGGAGGUCAUUAACCAUAAAACUGGUGAAAGGUGCUGCCUGACUUUCAAGUCAUGUGGCCUUUUUGGGAAAGAACUGCACAAAGUGGAGGGUUACAUACUUGAUAAAAGCAAAAAGAAAAUAUGUGCCAUUUAUGGCAAGUGGACUGAAUGCCUGUACGCCGUGGACCCGGCUACGUUUGACCUCCACAAAAAAGCCGAUAAGAAAAAUGUUGAGGAAAAGAAAGUCAGCAAGCAGAGCAGUGUGGAUGAGGAGGCUGAGGAGAUGCCUCCUCCUGAGGCCGAGACCGUGCAGGUCAUCCCCGGCAGCGAACUCAUCUGGAGGAUAUCACCAAGACCGGAAAACUCAGCUCAGUACUAUGCCUUCUCAAAAUUCGCUAUGCAACUGAAUGAGCUGGAGGAAGACAUGAAGCAGAAUCUCCCCAUUACAGACUGUCGCUUUCGGCCUGAUAUUCGCGCUCAGGAGAACGGAGACAUAGAUUUGGCCAGCGCUGAGAAAAAGAGAGUGGAGGAAAAACAGAGAGUGGCGAGAAAAAACCGCUCCAAAUCCAACGACGAGUGGAAGACGAGGUGGUUCCAUCAAGGUGCAAACCCACACAAUGGAGGACAAGACUGGCUUUACACUGGGGGCUACUGGAGCAGGAACUACUCCCAACUACCUGACAUAUACUAAUCUCCAACGCUUGAACCUCUGCCCUGAAAAGGGACUGCUGCAGAGAAACCAUGCAUGUUCACUAUUUACUUCAAUUCAUGCCGAGUGUCAAUUAUUUACGCAGCCACAAGCUGGUUUUAUGUUCACCACCGUCAUAUCAACACUCAAGCAUGAGGAGGUGGAACAUGGCAGUUAUUCUAAAUAAUGCAGUGUGUGAGGUGAACUUUGUUUUGUCCAGAGACUUGCAUUGCAAACUUUAAAUGAUUUAUAUAGAUUAUUCUAUCGAGUUUUUCGAUUUAAUAGGUAGAUGUAGCGAGGUAACUUGUAAAUAGAAAUAGGAUAUAGAUGAUUAUCUGUCAAAGACUUGAAACAAGCCUAGUCUUCUUUAGGUGACUACAACUUACCUCAUAAUCUCUGUAGCAUAUUAAAUCUGUUGUGAAUAAAAAGAAAUGUUAUGGUGAGUUUGCAGAUGUGGGCUACACUUAGUCCUUAAUCCUCAACUAAACAGAUUAAAAAGGAAAUCUCUUCAGCCCAGUUUUAGGUUUAAAAUGGGGUAUUGUUUGUAUAAAUAUUAUUUAUUUAUUUAAUUGUAUCUUGUGGUUCAUUGUUUGUGGUUAUUGAGAACAAUGUGAACAUAUAAAUAAUGGGAGGCUUGUUUAGUUUGUAAAUGGACCAAUCAGGAAAAUCAUUUAGAUUAAAUUUUUUUUUUUUUUUUGCUGAUGAUUUAUGAGUGAAAUCCAGAUAUUUUUAAACAAAGUGACAGAUACGAAGGCCAUUUUCCAACCCUGCAAGUUCACACACAAAAAAGAACCAUUACAGAGUUACAUAUAUAUAUAUAUA